UUCAUUAGUUGUCGUGGCAUUAACUCGCACAGUCCUUUGUCACCGGCCUUACGGUAAGGCGGCAGGUGCCACCCGCGACAUCCCGACAUCUAGUGUUGCGUUUCCUGAAGAGCAGGCAAGUUGCAUCACUUAAGAGUGACUUGACGCGAAAAGUAUUAUAGACCACGUGAAUUCUUGAUCAAAAAUGGCGUCCCUAUUGAGAUCUUGUUUUUCUUUUUAUGACUAUUGCUUCCACGAGCUUGGAAAUCCACACAUAAAAGAUUGGUUCCUUAUGUCAUCGCCCUUUCCAACGUUAGCAAUAAUGGGAAUAUACCUUUGGUUUGUGAAGGACUACGGCCCAAAAUUAAUGCAAAACAGGCCCGCCUACGAUUUAAAACGAACAAUGCAAAUUUACAACCUAAUUCAAGUGUUUCUGUCUGGUUACACUUGUUACAAACUAUUGGCACAUGGAUGGUUGACACGUUACAGUUGGCGAUGUGAACCUACUGUCUUCUCAUUAGAUGAUCCGGAAGACUAUAUCGUUGCAACUAUGGUGCACUUGUACUAUGUCACGAAAAUAAUUGAUUUGUUAGACACAAUUUUCUUUACUUUGAGGAAAAAGUGGAAUCAAAUAUCUUUUCUCCACGUGUACCACCAUUGUGGAAUGGUCGCUCUUAGCUGGAGUGCCGUCAAAUGGUUCACAACUGGACACGGCAGCAUGAUAAUGAUGCUCAACUCAGGUGUACACACACUACUCUAUCUUUAUUAUUUCCUGACCUCGGUUUCUUCAGAGUACAAUUCCGCGUGGUGGAAAAAAUACCUCACAACGAUUCAGCUGGUGCAGUUUAUGUACAUUUGCAUUCACUUUGGUCAGACGGUGCUCCACAAUCCAUGCCACUUUGGGUGGGUCGGACAGGUCGUUGUCAUUCCUCAGAACGUCUUCAUAUUUACUCUGUUUGCAGAUUUCUAUUACAAGACUUACAUUGCCAAGAAAAAGUCAACAUAAUUUUUACGACUGUGAUGUUGAGUGUAUCGUGUGUAUGAUUGUUUGUAUGUGUGUGUGCGUGCGCGUGGGCUUCUGCCUGUGUGUUUGUAUGAAUCUGAGAAAGAGUGAAAGAUAACUUAUCGUGGAGCCAAUAAGGAAUAAUGGGAUGCAAGUGAUUAUGAUACAUCUUGUACAUAGGUUUUGUACAUAUUUCGUGUUACCUAAAAAUGUAUUUACUUGUGCCGGACCAUGUUAACUACUUUUUAGACAAUUAUUUAUCAGUUCAGAUAUUCUCUGGCUCAGAGACUAUUAUUAAAUUAAUUUUAAACAAAAAAAAACUUUA